GGUGUGUUGUAAGCAUUGCUCGGAGGCUGGAACAUUGAGUGGCUAUCUGCAUUUGUAAUCUGCGAUGGACGCAUAAGCGAGAGCAACAAUCUAGGCAAGUCCAGUCCCGUAGGAAUGUGAGGACUUGCAAUGCAGAAUCUACGUUGGGCAAACGCUUUAGGUUCCCAACCAAGCGGCAGAUUCACCUUCCGAAAUUUUGCUAAUCUUCAGCCAAGCAGGAGCACUGUCUGAGGAUGAGGAGGUUCCCCUUUUGAGUUCCUUUGAAGAUUGCUCGUAUAGGGGAGCAGCCACUAAUAGAGGAUUGCUGUCAACGACUGCGGAAGCCCCACUAGACGUUGCAUUGACCACUUUACCUUGUGUAAUCUGGGGAAGAGCUGACUGCCAGGAUGCCUCUACUUAAGCUGAGGCUGAAGGAGGAGCAGGCACUUGCCUUGCCGGAUAUAUACCGUCAGGCUCCGAAGGAUGAUCCCCGGGCGCUAUUGGAAGCAGCCAACUUUGCGGACCUCGUGGGAGUUGUGCGGCAGCUGGGGGAGCUGUCCGACUAUGCCGCCGUCAUGUUCUCCCAGCUCCAUGCUGAAACGUCUCGACUCGGGGCACGCGGUGAGGCCAUGGCGGCGCGCGCGAGUGCGCUAGAGGAGAGCAUGCCGGAGGCGGAGAUCCGCGUCUUCACUGCGCAGGACACACGGCAGCUACUUCCAAAUGACGGGCUCAAGUGGCACUCCAGCCCCCAUGAGGACCAAACCCUGUUCACAUCCUCAGAGCUUCCCCCUUACAUCAGCGAAGCAUAUAUGAAAGCGCAGCCCCCCCCACCGCUCCACAUGCUGGACCGCUUUGACCGGACGGCCUCGGACGGCGGUGCCCUGCGGCGCUAUUCGGACCCGUACUUCUUCAAGCGGGAGUGGGCGCUGGCCGAGCUGGCGCAGGCAGAGCGGGAGAAGAAGGCCAUGAAAGCGAGGCGAAAGGCAAAGCACCUAGGGCAGCAGCGCAGCUUACGAGACCUGAACGAGGGGGCUUACGUCCGGCAGGCAUCCCGGUCACGCCGCAACUCUCGCUCCAACUCACAAAAGGCAGCUGCGACCCCCCCACCGCAGCGCCCCGCCCCUGCGGAGCUGCCAGAGCAGCCGCAGCGCUACUCUGUUUAUGUGCCGGACGAGCCCAAAACCCCGGACUCCCAGCGGUACUCGGUCUAUGUCCCCGGUGACUCAAAAACCCGGUCCGAGGGGGAUCCCCCGACUCCGGCAUCGCAGGGGACCAUCUCCCCUUAUGUAGAAAGCAGCUUCGCGUCCCUCGGAGACGCUUCGAGAAGCGUGCCGCAGGUGCCUCAUUUUAAGAACGCUGAGAGGGAGCUGAAAGCGCCGGCAAAUGGGUUGAGAACGGGGGUCGCGCAGGACGAGAUCGUUGCCAUUGGGAAAGUCAACGAAGUUGCGAAAACGGCUGGGUACUUGGUUGAAGCCAAUGGCGAGAGCUCUGGCCGUGAAGCGGAACAAGAUGCUCAGGAGCCGCGUCGGGAAAGAACGGCUUCUCGGGAUGUAGCAGAAGAUUCGCCAGCCGCUAAGAAUGUUCCAGAGCCUGACAAAGUGCAUCGAGAAGGAGAGAGCGCUCUCUUCGACCAGCGGACCGGCCCGGACGAGGCCGUAACAUCCAACGGCAGAACCGCCUCGCAAACGCAGGCCAUCCCCCGAGCGCGACGAAGGAGCACCAAGGCGAGACGGGAGACGCCGCGAAAGAGCGACGGGGAGACGGAAAAUGCUUUCCCCCGGGCGGAAUCGUUCGACUCGGUGACGCAGGCUGCAAGGGUGCGUGAGCAGAUCCGAAGAGAAGCCGAAGGAGCGCUUGCGAAUGAAAGAAGCGAAACAAGGGGCGCGGCAGGAUUAGUGGACGAGCGAGGGGGAGUUGAGGCGAGCGUUGCGGAGGCGUCUGUCGGGAAGCUCUCGGACUUGGAGGCGGAAUGGGUUGCAAGCGCAUGCGACGGAGAGGGGCGGCCGCAAGAAGAGUCCGGUAAGGUUGCACAGGAGGAGCCUUCCGGGGUGGGCGAAAGAUCUCCAGCAGAUCAUGCGGACGUCAUCAGAGGUGUCAGCAAAGACGUCAGCGAGGAACAAGUUGCACCAGCGGCGAAGCACAAAGAGGAGAACGGGCGUCUCGCAGCCUGGGCGUCGGUCCCGGGGAGUCCUGUAGUGGGGGAGGACUCCGCACCGGGGAGCCCGAUGAACCCCGGGCUCGUGAAACUGCAACAAGAGUAUCAGCAGGCGCAAGCGCGGCUCGAGGCGCUGCUGCGGAUGCAGAAAGAACUAGAGGAGCAGGCGCACCCCCCCGAAACGGGAGCAGCCGUGGCGCUCGGCACGGUGUCGUCGGCUACGUCCCUGGCCGUCGAGCUCUCGCGCAGCUCCGGGGGGGCAGGCCCGGCGGACGACAGCCCCCCCGAAACGGUGGACAUCGAUAGCCCCCCCUGGUCGCAGGCGUCCUCUCCCCCGCUCCACGAACCUGGCCAGUUGCGGCGAUUCAUGGACUCCCCCGCGCGACCGAUCAGGCAUUCGCGCAGCGUUCUCGAUUCCCCAGGGCCGGCAUUUGCCCCGUCGGGGCGGGGAGCGUUGAGGAUGGGCUCGUCGAGCCGCCUGUCUCCCCCCCGCGAGCUGUCGCCGGGAGGGUUCUCCUCCCCCCCCUUCUCGUCGCCUGAGCGCUCGUCCCCCCUGCGACGGCCGUGGGUGAUGCAGACACCCCCCCGACCCGAGACCGAGGACGAGUACCGGCCGAGCGGGCUGUCUACACAAACGUCCCUUCCAAAAGACCGUUCUACAAAUGGGGGGGGAGCGGCCGAGCCUCGUGGGCUGGCAGGACCCGUCCCCCCGACAGCAAAAUCCGCCCCCAAACCUCCCCCACCUCCGCCCCCCGGAAGUCUGGGGGCGUUCAAGAAGCCCUCUCAGUCUGCGCCCCCACCUCCGCCCCCUCCUCUGGCCCCUGGUGCGCUUACCAUCACGGGGCCGUCUUCGUCUCGGGGGGGUGCUGCCAGGCCGGUCGAUUUGAUGCAAGCCAUUGCGCAGCACGACAAGGGCAAGCUGAAACGGGUGGACGAGCGGAGUGGGGGCGUUGCUGCGCCGACUGGGGACCGGAACGUGAUGCUGGAACAGAUCAAGAAGGGGGUCAACUUGCGGCGCACGGAAACCGUGAAGGCGGAGGAGAAGCCCAGCCGGCCCGUCACCGACAUCAAUGUCGCUUCGAUUCUGGAACGUGCAAACGCCAUCCGGCAGGCCAUGCAAGACAGCGACGACGAUGAGGAAGACGAGGACGAGGAGGACGAUUGGCUGGAUUGACCAGAGCCCCGUUCCGGGCAAAAUCAAUUCCGCAACCGGAUUCCAAUUGCAAACGGAACGUCCACACGCCUCUCCGAACUUGCUGAUUCCCCAAACAAGACCGUUUUGCGUGACGGAGUGGGUCUGACAGCAUCGUUCGAUCAUUUCCCAUUAGUUGAGGAAGUCGGCUCCUAAAUGGCGCCUGAUAAUCUGGGCGCUACUCUAAUCAUUUCCCGACUGACGCAAACUGACCGGACAAUGUCUUUUCUGGGGUGCUUGUAGAUGUCAAUUGUCUGAUUAGAGCUUAGAAGCAAGCGUAGGAGGAGCUCAGCGUUCAACCGAGUUCGACAACAUAAUUUGAAGUCAUCUUGCAUAUUUGUCUUUGUAAGUAACAUCGACUGGCUUGAUCACCGUCAGUACUGCGUUAUGAUUUCAUUGCAAGCUAUUGUGAUGCUGAG